GCCCUUCACCACCAAAUCCUCUACCGCUUCCAAGCCAUCUGCGUGCCCUCCCCACUGCCUAGGCCAGCAUCCAUCCUACCAGUGCCGCCGCCCUCUCAGUCACGACUUCACUGGCCGGCUUCCACCUUCUUGUUGUCGCCCCUUCACCGGCCCUAAGAUUUCAGGUUCCAAAAAGCACAUAACGGAGAAAUGACAGGUUCUAAACAUUGUUAGAUAGUGAAGUAACAAACAAGAUCGAUUCGUUGCGCUUUGUGAAUUGACAUUAUGUGAAGAAAGAGCCCAAUGUCGUGAUGAGCAAACAUGAGAGGCCAUGAGGAUGAUUACCAGUGCCAUCAACCUAGCUAGGAAGAUGACACAACGCAGCCCAUACAACCACAUUUUGCCGCUGAGGAUUCCGGCAUAGAUGCCAGAAUCCAACGGCAAGUUUACCUGCGACGUUGUGUUCUCAUACAGCAACGACAACAAUCCAACCUUCUUGAGCAGCGCCCAUGAGAAGGGCAUUCAUGUUUCCAUUUUAAGGCAUGAAACGUGGAAGAAUUGGAACGCAAAUAUGUCCCCAGUCGCUCCCAAUAACAAACUCCUUCAAGUUUACUUUGAAGAUGAGCAGAGGCUUGUGAGAGGGGUUGAGCCUAUCGUUUGCUCUUUUUUCGAACACUUUACACGCAAGUGUGAAGAGACCAAGCCUAGGACAUUCCACCACUGGUUUAGCAUCAUGCGAGAUGACUUGUAUCUUUUCAUGAGGCAAAUCUUAGAAGGGAUGAGACUCUUAUAUGCCCAUGGCAUUCCGCAUCUCAAUGUAUCAGAAGGAAUCUUCAUCACUCCCAAUAUGAUAGCGAAAAUGGGAAGUGUUGUUUGUGAAGACGAUGGAAGCAAUUCAAUGCAAUCUCUCAUAGCAAGGGGCUUGAAAGAUCUAGAAAGACUUGUGGUAAGGGUCCUAGAGAUCCCGGGAUACCGAAUUAGUGGAGUUGAAGAACUCGAAAGAUUUUUAGAUGCUCUUUGUAGAAAGCAACCUUUGAGAGUUGAGGAGACUAGCAUUCUUCUCGACAGUCCCAUCUUCUACACAACUCUAGAAGGACUAAAUCUACUUGAGAAGUUGCAUAUGACCAUUUUUUAUAAGAAAUUGUAUGAGCCAACAGAAAUUCAGAACGCUAUCAAUACCUUGCAUGCCACGGAUGAUUGUUGUGAAAUGCUCUUGGAUUGGCCUACAAGGGAAGAUUUUGUACUUACAAGAGCUUUAGGGAUGAAUUUGGAGAUAUCGUGGGAACAUCAACGUGAGAAAAAAGGUGACGCGACAUACUCCAUCGGCGAUCUCCAAUUUCCGGCCACCAUGGUCGUCGACCGGCCACCGGAUCCACCCCAUCAACCUCUUGACCCUCCGGCGAUCAGUUUGGUACCUCAUACGUCCACAGUUGCUGCCGGAAACCUCCUCAACGCAGAAUCCCAGCCCCAUGCCGCCGCACCAUUUUUUCCGGCAGUGGCAGCCCAUGGUGGCGCUCCACUGUACUCCCAAGCUCCUCUCCACCUUCUUGCGACUUCAACGCACCCUUUUGCAGCCUCAUCCGCUGCGGGAGUGGAGAGCUUCAUGCCUGCGAUCAUGUCGGGUUUCACAGUCGGGUUGCCUCCCUCCUCUCUUCUACCCGGACCUUCCAACGUCGCGCAGCCCUCACAGGCGCUUCUCCAGGUCCUUACGAGUGCAGUGAGCCACUCUCCAUCAACUUUGGUGAUUGGAGGUUCAGGGCACAAUUUUGAAGCCCACACAACGGCAAUAAUGGCAGCCCAAAUCCCUCGUUCUUUUUCUCCAACUGUGCAAUCUCUCCCAGGUGUUUCACCCACCCCUGGGCCUGCAAUGGUGUCAUUGCAACACCCUAUGAACGUUGGCGUUGAUGCAGUAGCUCCCAAGGAUCAGAUUUCCACUUGCGCACCAGACAUCCCUGGUGUUGUGUUGAAAGGCUUGGUAGACUCUGAGCAUGCCAUAAUGCAUGUCCCUAUUCCCUCGCUUUCUCACUACCAACGUCUUAAUGUCCCGGGGGUUGUCCCUCUUGCUUUAGUUGGACCAAAUGGAUGUGCCUACGGUGAGUACCCAGAUGGGGAGGUGCUUUGGCCCAUUGCUAAUCCCCACGUGUUCAAACCCUUCAAUUUGGAACUCCCUCGUGAAAAGGAAGCAAGACUUGCCCACGAAGCUGCAAAACGAGUUGAUCAUGUUCCCUCCAUUAUUAAUGAGGCCUCGGUCCAGUUUCCAAAAGAAAAAACCAGCAUUUUAGGCCCUGGUCCUUUGCAUGAAGCCACGGCAGUAGCUACUGCUCCAAUCACCAUGCAUGCACCUCAGUCUCAUGUACGGCCAGGGGGGAAAAAGGGUAGGAGUAGGGUCAGACGUCAAAGGGAGGGGAAAGGUAUUGCCAUUGUUGAUGCAGGUACAAGCACAGGUGGUUCCCAGCGGGAGGAGUCACAGUAUGUUUGGAGAGAGAAGACAGCGAAAGGGUCCAGACCUAUUGAGGUCGUGGAUACUGAUGAUGUAGCUGUAUAUAGAUCCCACAGUUGCUCGGCUGUCAGCUUCCUUAAGAGUGCCUUCUAUAUGCACCCUAAGGCAUUGGCACGCGUGCUGGAGCGUGUUCGAGAUACUCUCGGGUGUUCCUUGGAUGUGCUUUCAUUUACCUAUCUUGGCUGUCCUAUUUAUCAUGGUCGGAAGUGCAUUCAUUAUUUUGAGCCUAUUCUGAAGAAGAUGCGGGACAAGUGUUGUGCGUGGAUGGGGUGCUAUCUUUCUCGGGGGAAGGCUAUUAUGAUUAAGAGUGUUCUUCAGGCGAUCCCGACACACUUGCUCGCAGCACACUUUCCUCCCAAGAUAGUGAUUCGAGAGAUGGAGUCUAUUAUGGCACGAUUUUUUUGGCCUGGCUUGGGAGGGACUCGACGAUAUCAUUGGGGAUCCUGGAAGACUCUGGCUCGGCCGAUGCGAGAGGGUGGGGUCGGCUUCCUUGAUUUUAUGACUUUGGCCAAGUCUUGCUCGGCCAAGCUUUGGUGGAAUUUUAGGACACAUGAUACUAUUUGGACAUCAUUCAUGAGAGCUAAGUAUUGUAGCCGCGUCCAUCCUGCGUCAAAGCAGCGUAUUGAUGAUGAUUCUCACACAUGGAAGUGCAUGCUAGAUGUUCGGGCCGUGGUUGAGUCUAUGAUUCGAUGGCGUGUACUCUCUGGCACGUCUAAUUUCUGGUGGGAUACAUGGUCUGGUCUGGGUGCCUUGCAUCGCCAGGUGGAUGGCUGUAGUGGAUACUGGACUGAUGGAGUGGGCGAUAUGUAUCGCUUUGAUUUUAUGAUUGACCAUGAUGCUUUGCCCCCUACCCUCCUACGGCAGUUGCGCCUUGAGCCGCCAUCUCUUGUUUCUGAUCACGCUGAUAUUUCAGUCUGGACCCCGUCUACGGACGGGAAGUUGACCCUUGCUUCUGCUAAGGAGCUUCUUAGACCGAGGAGGGACGAUGAUGUGGAGGACACUGUGCUUAAGAGGUGCUGGCAGACGCACUUACCUUAUAAGAUGUCCUUUCUAGCGUGGCGCGUGUUGACGAGGCGCCUUCCCACGGAUGAUGUCCUGGCGAGAUUCAGCUUUGUUCUGCCCUCUCAAUGCUUCUGUUGCUCGUCAGGACGGGAGACCAUUGCACAUAUUUUCUAUCAUGGGAGCAUGGCGCGCCGUGUUUGGACUUAUUUCACAGAGUCUGCCCGUAUUCAGAGCACACAUCACAGUUUGAGGACCGUCUUGAGUAUAUGGUGGGCGCAGCGGCAGAAGAGCAGGAUGCUCUCGUUCCUGUUCCACCGCCUGCCGACGAUCAUUCUUUGGGAGCUUUGGACGCACUACGCUGCGUGCAAGUAUGGGGAUGCUCGCCCAAACUUCGCAUGCAUUAUCUUUCAGGUGGCUACGACGGUGUUGGAGUGCAUCUAUCGUCGCUAGCCUAGCGGAGGUCUUUUGCCUCCCAAAUGGUCGGUGAUUAUGGAGCACGUUCGACGAGGCUCUGGACGCAGGAGGGUGGUGCCGAUUC